AUGUAUCAGUUUACGAAACAUCUCUCCAUCUUUCGCACCCAGAUUAAGCGAUGGUGUUUGGAUCAUAAGGUUGUUUGGGGAAUUGAUUGGCGAGAACUUUCUACUAAGUUAGCUGCCACUGCGACUCAUAUUUCUACUCUUCCACAAGGCAAUAACUUCAUGCUCCAACGUCAGCAGGAGUUGGAUACGUCUGCAUUAGCACACUCUUACUGGUCGCAAAGGUCUAAAGACAAAUAUGUUCAGCUGGGGGACCUUCCAACCAAGUUCUUCUACAAUAAGAUGCGACAAAAACAACGAUCAGCAUAUAUCUACCUUCUUCGAACUACAGAUAACCAGUGGACUGAGGAUGGUCCUACAAUAGUAAAUACUAUUUUACAUCAUUUUAAAACUGCGUAUGGGCCCUCUCAGGGGUCUACUGUCUCUGACCAGGGCCAAGAUGAAGCCAUUGAUUUAGUACUUCGUGACUUAAAUCUACCUCAUCUUUCGCUGUCACAACAACAACAGCUCCUUUGGCCUUUCUCUAAAGAUGAAGUGCAUGAGGCCAUGCUUGGUAUUGGUCAGGGUAAAUCUCCUGGAUUGGACGGGUCCACGGCUGAGUUUUUCAAACUUCACUGGGGUUCCCUCGGGAAUGAGGUGUUCCAAGCUGUCAAUCACUUUUUCACAACAGGUUUCAUACUGCAUGAGUGGAACCAGACGCUGCUUGUUUUGUUGCCUAAAGGACAAAAUCCUGAGGAGGUAACACAAUUUCGGCCAAUUAGCUUAUGUAAUACGAUUUAUAAAUGUGUUUCGAAGUGCUUGGUCAACAGGGUACGACCGUUGCUUUCUGAUCUUAUCACGGAAUAUCAGAGUGCCUUCAUUCCAGGACGACAUAUGGAUGAUAACAUUUUGAUCAGUCAUGAGUUAAUUCAUGUUCUUAAUAAACAUCGACGUGGUAAUGUUCAUCUAGCGGCUCUCAAAAUUGACAUGAAUAAGGCAUAUGACCGGGUUAAUUGGAGGUUUCUCUUAAAGGUUCUUCAAGCCUAUGGCUUCCCUGGCCAAUGGAUUCAGUUGAUUAGUCAAUGUAUCUCUACAGUGUCAUAUCGCAUCCUAGUUAAUGGACAAGUUACAGAGUCCUUUCCUUCCCAUUGUGGGCUUCGCCAGGGUGAUCCACUAUCCCCUUAUCUGUUCUUGUUAUGUAUGGAUAUCUUUUCCCGCAUGUUAAUCAUGGCUACGGAUAUUCGACUAUUCGAUGGGUGUCGAGCUCACAGCCCAAAUGUUUCCGAGCACAUGGGUCAUGAAUACAAACGUAUCCGCAAUUGGAUGCUAAAUAAUCACUGGGCACAUAUCUUGCGCAUAACUGCUUGGAAUCAUUCACCUAUUUCGCAAGCUGGGAAAUUGAUUCUCAUCAACUCUGUCCUCAUUGCUUCCAUAGCUCACAUCUUUUCUAUAUUCCUGAUUCCCACAACAAUAGCUAAUAAGUUGGAUGCGAUGCUUGCACGAUUCUUCUGGUCUAAUAGCUCUGGUAAAGGAAUUGCUUGGAAAAGCAAGGAGCUCUUGCAUUUGCAAAAAGGUGUUGGUGGUCUCGGCUUACGUAGUAUUGCGAUGCACAAUCGUUCCCUCCUGAUGAAGAAUGUUUGGCGUAUUCAUAGAAAUUCCAGUGACCUCAUCAGUAAGGUAUUUUCCGAUCACAAACUGGGCAAUGGAUCAUCGACACCUACACUGCAUUCAAUGCGGGGUCAAUGUUCUUGGGGUGCGCGAAGUUUAAUUCAAGCAGAGCAGGUACUCUUGACAAAUUCGGGUUGGAAAAUUGGUUCCAAUUCCCCCCUCCUUGCUGGAAAGGAGCACUGGGUUCAUGGGAGGAUUCCCCUCUUUCGGGAUAAUGUUCCUCUUCGUACUGCUGCUACGGUCUCCAUUGCUUCUCUCCUGCUGCCUCAAAAACAAGGCUGGAAUGUUCCCCGGCUUCAGUCACUUUUUCAUUCCAGUACGGACAAAGGCAUUCAGCAGCACUACACCUUUCUGGCUAAUCCUAUUCCUUUGCCUAGAGCUUUGCAUGUGGCACCAGGCCCUCCUGGGUUUCUUUUUGCACAUUUUGGGACAGCCUUCUGCGGGGUACCACAAAUACAUUUACAAGUGGAUGGUUCCUGGAAGAAAUCUUCUUUAUUGGCCGGUAUUGCCUGGGUUGCUGAACAUGUUACUACUUAA